UCAGUUUGCUCGUUCGUCGAUAUUAUUUUGUCAUUUUCUAUAUUUUAUUGUUACCCGUAAAAAGAUAGUAUCGAAUCGCGCACGGUGCGCGCGCGAAUAUCUUUUUUGCGCUCACGAGCAAACGCCAGAGGAAACGAUAUUCCGCUGCUGUUAUCAUCACCGGACGAGUCUCUCUCUUUCUCUCUCUCUCUCUCUCUCUCUCUCUCUCUCUCUCUCUCUCUCUCUCUAUCGGAUAUAACCGCUGUAUCGAUCCGAUACACCGCUCCCUAGCCUGUCUGCCUCAGCAGCGUACAUGAGACGAUCGGUAAGAAAAAUGAAGUCCACUUCGAGACACGCAAUGAAAAUUGCACGUGCAACAGACAGUAGCCUCGGGCUCCCGGACCGGAGGAGCCCCUUCUUGCCGUGAACAAAAUAUAAUGAUCCGUCGAAUGUCGUUGUCGCUCACCACCAACGUGGGCUUCCUCCGCAGUGCCGGCCACGGAGCAGACCACCAAUGUCUCGCAGAGAAGCCGUCGCUACUUGCACGUCGAGACGAUCCAGUCGCGAGAGGAUACUCGCCACUAGCUCCGAGGGCGAGGGAGUGGAAUGUACGCCCACCGAAGAUACACUUUUUGCCUCGUCGAGAACGGAGGAGAUCGGUAAGAAGGAUCGAAGAACCAAAAGAAAUGAUCAUUGGCAUCAAACGACGACUGGAAAGGGUGUUGACGUCGUCGAGACGGUAGCUGACUUUGAGAAAUGGCUCAAAAUGCGUAGCACCGAGCCUCCAGUGUCAUCGAGUAUGGACCUGGAUGCAACGAAAAUGGUAGAGGGCGUAGACCGGUAUUUGGGUGAGGAGGUAUUGUCACACGGCUGCUUUCUGAGCAAGGAUCCAUAUGGCCUGUCUAUCGACAUCGAUCUGGCAGAUGCUAAGAAGCUCAACCUAUCAUCGAGCUACGACCCGAUACUGCAGGAUCUGACGCAUAGCGAGAACCGGCUACUGGAGCCACCGUGCGAGAAGGUCGUCGAUGAGUUUAUGCUACCAGAGUUCCAAUUGGACCAUCUGGAUCAAUUAGCGGCGCUCACGCCGGAUGACAUGAUGGUGGCUGGCGAGAUUCUGCCGUCCGCGAGUAGCCAACCAACGCUAAACGUAGAGAAUCGAGAUAUCGAAAAAAACGCUUCAAAAACAGGAAUUUCAGUGCGAAACAAUGAAACACCCUGCGAGAAAUCCACGCAGGUUACCCUCAAUCAGCUACCGGUGAAUUUAGUCGUAAAUGAGAUGGAAGAUACAAAGACGGAACAGGAAACUAAAGUACAAUCUUCGACAAGUUCCUCGGAGCUCUUCGUCGGGACUCUACCGCCAAUGGAGGAGAGCUCCUCAAAUAUUGUGACGAAUCGCAUGAAAAUAAGCACAUCGAGCAAAGUAAUAGAACAAUUGAAGAAGACAAAACUCAAGCCUCGUAUUAUCAAGAAACGUCGACAACUGACGGAACAACUGGAAAAGAAAGUCGAUAAACAUAUCAAUGGCAAGAGCUUCGCCGUUGACACAGACUCACAGGACGACAUGAUGGCCGUGGUCGCUAUAUCUACCGAUAAAAUCUCCAAUAUGACACAAAUCGUUAUAAAUACUGGCACAGAGAAACAGAUUUAUCAAGGCAAGACUUCGGAAUUGAUCGAGGCGACCGGCAAUUUCCCAAAAUUGCCUAAAAUAGAUACUUCUGCCACCGUUUGGAAUGGCACGGUUGAAUAUGGUGUCGAUAAUAAUUCGAGUAAUCAAUACGAAAUUGUUAUAUCCAAUGCAUUGAAAGAACUAGGCAUCACCGAUGAUAGCCUGCAGCCUUUGUGUGCCACCGAGCACGACAAAGUGUGGCUCUGCCCACGAGACGGUUGCAACAGACAAUUCGGCAGAUUGUACACUCUGAAAGGUCAUUUGUUGGCCCACUAUGGAAUUAGACCGUUUAAGUGUGACUUCGAGGGCUGCACUUGGGCUUUUUAUUCCGAGUUCAAAUUAAAGAGACACAAGGAAACGCAUUUGAAACGCAAGGAUUACGUAUGUGAGGUGGAAGGUUGUAAUCGUCGUUUCACUACCGUCUACAAUUUGUGGAGUCAUGCGAAACUGCACAGUCGUCCUAAUCGGAUUAUUUGCCAAGUACCAGAUUGCGGAGAGAAGUUUCAGACGAAACGUGCAUUGGAGCUACACAUGAAGUCGCACGAUCAGCGUCACGCACCUUACGUAUGUCAGCACGAGGGCUGCGGCAAACGUUACUACAGCAGCAACGCACUGACAUCGCAUCAGCGAUCACAUAGCUACAAGGAAGUGGAUAUCAAGUGUUCGUGGUUAGGCUGUGGCAAGAUUUUCGACAAACCGUGCCGACUCAAAGCCCAUAUGCGUUCUCAUACCGGCUACAAACCCUAUCCCUGCACUUUCCAGGAUUGCAAGUGGGCCUUUUCGUCAUCUAGUAAACUUAAGCGCCAUCAGAAGAAGCACACAAACGAACGUAAAUUCGUGUGCGAUGUUCCAAACUGUGGCAAGGCGUUUAUGCGCUCGGAACAUCUGAAGGAACAUCGGUUAACGCACACGGAAGGUCGCUUCUUUCAGUGCUUUAUGUGUGCUGCCAGAUUCUCCGCCAAGAGUAGUUUAUACGUGCAUAUCAAGAAGCAUCAGCAAAGUAAAUCAGAUUUAAACAUAGUCAAUGAUAUUCCUGAGUGCACUCGUGAUCGUGAGAAACGCACGAAAACGAAAGAAUCUUCUUACUCUCGAGUGAAAUCGAUAAAGUCGAAGAGAUGGGACCCAGAGCUGAUAAAUGCCGCGGAGACUAUCGCGAAGGAGAACGACGUCGAGAAGCAGGGUGAUGGAGGUGCAUGUUCUCAAGAUGAGGAUCAAAUGGAGUGGCUGUAUUGUUGUCCGAUAGACGUAUGCGGACAUUUGAUCAACAACGAGACGAGUCUUCGCGAACAUAUGUUGAAAGCACACGGCAUACAUUGUGACGAUCUGCUGACUAAAUCAUCCUCGGACGAUGCCAACAUAGAUUACGUUUUAUACACCGUACACAACUCACUUCCAAAUUCCCCUACUGCCGUCGAGGAAGAGCAGAUGGUCAUGGUGACUCCGUGCGAUGCCGUUAUCCUUGAUACUUCCUCUUCAAGAGCGGAUCGUUCUCUGUUGGAAUCAGAACCACCACCUUUAAACACCUUGUUAAAGAGCUCGGAAACAUUCCGAAACGAUGAACGAACUGAUAAGCGAAUCGACAAAGAAACUAAGUCAGUGAAGGAGCAAGGUUCGGCAAGGACAGAUCUAACAUAUACCGACUGGUCUAAACUAAAGAAGCACAGUGGAUUGACGAAUUCAAUAGUAACGGAAACGUCGGAUGUUGUACUGGACACGAGUGGUGAUUUGAGCGAGGGUCUGUUGUUCACAGAAGAAUUACCGUCGAUGUACUAUCAGGACGAUGUGGCAGGUACGGAAUACCAGGUGCUGUUGUUAGAUUCAAGUCCGCUCGAGAGUGCGAAUAAUUUGCGCGGUCUCGAGUGAUUUGCGCGAUGGACACAAGUGAUGAUUUCCACUAUCGUGGUCUCGAGUGAUUUUCGUGAUAGAGUGCUCUCGACCAAGUGAUUAUUGCAUACUUAUUUUGGACAUGAUGACGUGAUAAUCGUAAUUAUUUUAAAUGUAACUUAAGAGUGACAUAUAGAUAGUUUUAAACAAUGACGGUCGUUAUAUUAAACAUAGCUUUUGUGGUAACUUUAAUACGAUCUGUGAUCCAGGAGCUGGCCUCAGCCUGAUAUAUUCAUUUGUACUACGCGGCUCAUAAUCGCUUUAAAUCGUUAUUUUAUUAAUAAAUCGUUGAUAUUUUUCCAUAAAAA